UGCACAUGCAGCUUUUACAGUGCUGGUAAGCAGUCCAAAUACAAAUCAGGGCAUUCAUGCUGAAACUGCAGUGUUAAGCUGAAAUUCUCUGGACUAUGAGACUGAGAGAUGAAUCUGCCCUGCUGCGAUGCACGUGGCAGCAAAUGAGAAAAUCUAUGAUGCUUUGGAUCUUCUUUUUUCUACAAACAGCAGCUAUUCUUGAAGCAUCUAAAGAAGCACAGUACAUCUGGAGAUCAGGUCAGUGGGGUCGAUGUAUUAGUGCAGCGUGUGGACCAAAUGGAGUGCAAAGUAGAACAGUGUGGUGUGUCCACGUUGAAGGCUGGACUACACACCAUUCCCACUGUAAGUAUGAAGAGAGACCAGCAAUUCAAAGAGACUGCUUCAAGGUGUGCGACUGGCACAAGGAGAUUUUUGAGUGGGAUUUAUCAAAGUGGGGUGAUUGCAUACUCCGCGCAUCGUCAAAUAGAGCUAAACCCAGGACCUCCGCUUGUGUCACUGCACAGCAGGGGUUGCAGCACAGGGAAGUACACUGUGUACGAAAAUCCAACAGAUCACUGGUGCUAGAUGAGAUCUGUGAAUUCUUUACACCUAAGCCUGCUUCGGACCAAGCCUGUCUCAUUCCCUGCCCACAGGACUGUGUAGUGUCGGAGUUCUCUACCUGGUCGGCUUGUAGCAAAGGUUGUGGGAAGGGAUUACAACAUCGGGUCCGUUCAGUGUUAUCACCGCCAUUGUACGGUGGCAAAAGCUGCCCACCUCUAACGGAAACCAAGGCCUGUGAUAUACAAGUCUCUUGUCUGGUUGGGGAAGAUGAGUUUCUGUACAGUUUAAAGGUAGGCCCCUGGAGUGACUGCAGACUACCAUACCAAAGACAAGUCCGGCAAAGUGGCAAACCGGGACUGAACUUCAGUUCACAAUAUUCGGAGAAGAAUCGUAUGAAGCAUCUGAUCCAUGAACAUUUCAAGCCAUGGGAUGAAAAAAUAGGAUAUCAAACCAGGCACGUCCGCUGUACAAGAAGUGAUGGAAAAAAUGCAAUGCUCAGCCUUUGUACACAUGGCAAUACCCCCACGAUCUUUCAAUCAUGUGUUAUGCCCAGAGAUUGUGGAGUUUCUGAAUGGUCUGAGUGGAGCUCAUGCUCUAAAACGUGUCAAUUACCUGGCAUGUCUCCUGGGUACAGAAGCAGGAAUCGAUUUAUAAAGCAUACAGCUGUAGGGGGUGGCAGUCAUUGUCCUGCUCUUGAGGAAAAAGUGACUUGCAAUAUUGGAGGCGAAGGAUUACCAAUAUGUCCAAGGUAUGUUUGGAAAACAACAAAUUGGAAUGAGUGCCAGGUGACUCCUCUACUCAGUCAACAGGACCGACGUCGAAGCAAUCAAUCAUCCCUGUGUGGAGGUGGCAUACAGAUGCGAGAAGCUUACUGUGCGCAGAAAACAGAAGUUAACAACCAGGAUUUAAAAGAAGUGUCUAGACCAGUGGACCACAGCCUGUGUACAGAUCCAACACCAGUUACUUCACAGCUUUGCAAUGUUGCCUGUCAAACUGAAUGCUUAGUUUCAGCCUGGUCUUCGUGGACACCCUGCAUGCCGGAGAACUGUCAAGAUCCUCAUAAAAAUAGAGGUUUCAAGAUAAGAAGGCGGCAUGUCAUUGGAGAGCCCACUGCCAGUGCUGGAAGAUGUCCACAUCUUAUGGAAGCCAUUCAUUGUGAAGAUCCGGUUUGCUAUCAUUGGGAUCUUCUUGAAGAGAGUCUCUGUGUAGCAGACAAUAAUCAAACAUGUGGGAAAGGUUUUUUCAACCAAAGGAUUUUGUGCAAGAAUAUUCAAGAUGAAGUAGUAUCUGAUGAAUUGUGCAAGGAGUCCUCUGUUCCUAGUCGCAGGGCAUGUGAGGUGCAGUGUCCUGUUGACUGUGUCCUCAGUGAAUGGUCAGAAUGGUCAGACUGCUCACGCUCCUGUUCCAGCAAGAACGCAGAAGGAAGGCAGAGCAGAACCAGAUCCAUUGUCGCAAUUGCUGGAGAAGGUGGAAAGCCAUGCCCGUCUAGCCAAGCUUUGCAAGAAUGGCGAUCCUGUAAUAUUCAUGGCUGCACAGUGUUUUACUGGGAGGCAUCACCAUGGGGUCCUUGCACAGUAGAUACGUCAGUGGCAGCCCUCAACACUACAGUCAAUUGGAAUGGUGAAGCCACUUGUUCUGUGGGCAUCCAAGUUCGACAGGUCCACUGUGUAAGGAACAAAUUUGGACCUGUUUCUCCAAAAAGGUGUCCUGAAAAUUCCCAGCCUAAAACUUUUCAGCCAUGCCUUUUGCCAUGUAAAAAGGAUUGCAUUGCCACCCCCUUCAGUGAAUGGACCUCUUGCCCCACUACAUGUCAACAAGGCAAUUCUUCUAAUGCAAAGCAGUCUCGCUAUAGAAUUAUCAUCCAGAAGCCUGACAAUCAAGGGCAGGAGUGUCCAGAUACAUUGUAUGAAGAAAGAGGAUGUGAACCACUCUCUGUUUGUCCGAUCUAUAGAUGGAAAACACACAAAUGGCAUCACUGUAUUUUGGCUCCUGAUUAUGUCAGACAGAGAACGAUUGGAGCAACAGAGGCCUGUGGUUCUGGUUUGCAAUCCAGGGGUGUGAUCUGUAGAACAGGUGAUGACCAUCACACAGAUAUUAUUGGAUGCUUGAAGCGGGCAAGUCCAAUGCCUCCCCUGGUGCAGGAGUGUUGGGUCCCAUGCCACGAUGAUUGCAUAUUGACAAACUGGUCCAAGUUCAGCCCCUGUACAGCAGGUUGUGGAUCAACCCAUGGUCGAAGAAGAUCCCUUGUAGGAAAAAGCAAGCAAAGAGAGACUUGCCAGAAGCACCCACUCAUCGAAACCAAGCCUUGUCCAUGUGACAAGUAUAUCAGUCAGCCAUUGGGGAAUUGGUCAGAUUGUAUCCUUCUCGAAGACAAAGUUUCACUGCAACUUGGCAUGAAGGUCCAAGGAGAUAUUAAAGUCUGCGGGCAGGGUGUACGAUAUCAGGCCAUAGCUUGCUAUGAUCAAGAGAAGAAGCUGGUGAAUCCUUGGCUUUGUGGCAAUUCUGGGUAUGUUGAAGAGACGUGUAGUGUGCCAUGUCCAUCUGACUGUAAGCUGAGCGAUUGGUCAAACUGGUCUCCAUGCAGCAAACCCUGUGGAAGUGGAAUACAGGUCAGAUCCAAGUGGUUACGGGAAAAGGCAUAUAAUGGAGGUCGUCCAUGCCUCAAACUGGAUGUGAAGAAUCAGGUGUACGACAGAAUUCCCUGUUAUGGAGAUUGUAGUAAACAUAGCUGGGAAACUGAACCGUGGUCAGUUUGCAGAAUCAAUAACAGUGAGUCAAUACACAGCUGUGGAGAAGGUGUACAGACAAGAAAAGUGAGAUGUGUGCGUAACACAGUUGAUGGGCCUGGACAGAUUGUGGAAGAGGCGCUGUGUGAUUACAGUGAAAAGCCUAUUGGAGUCCAUCAGUGUUCCAUUUACUGUCCUGGUGACUGUGUUAUGUCUGACUGGGGCCAAUGGAGUUUAUGUCCAAAAGAAUGUAACAUCUUGAACACUCGGGUCCGAACUCGACAUCCUCUACGUCGACCGGUGGAUGGGAAAACCUGCCUUGAAACCUCUGAGGUGGAGCCCUGUGUUCUCAACAAGAACUGCUUUCAUUUUCACUACAACGUAACAGAAUGGAGCUCUUGCCAGCUAAGUGAGAAAGCAGUCUGUGGACAAGGCCUGAAGAUCCGGUUGCUUGAUUGUGUGCGAAGUGAUGCAAAGUCGGUCAGCCUCAGAUACUGUGAGCAGAUGAGACUGGAAUCACCCUGGCAUUUAUCUAUGCACUGCUUCGUGGAAUGCCCUGUAAACUGCCAACUCUCAGAAUGGUCUUCCUGGUCUCCAUGUUCCCGCACUUGUGGACUUGCCGGCCAAAUGAAGCGUACUAGGCAUGUGCUUCAAAAGACUCAUGGAGAAGGAAGACCCUGCUCUUCCCACCUAAUCCAGUAUCGACCCUGCCUUGUAAAGCCAUGCUAUAGUUGGGUCUUUGGUGAAUGGUCUGCAUGCAAAAUUGAGGGUGCGCAGUGUGGAGAUGGAUUUAAAGUGCGUAAUGUAUCUUGUAAUGUUCAUGAUGGGACUCUCUCUGAAUCGUCAAAGGUGGUGGAGAAUGAGAUGUGUGGCAAUAAGGCAGCUGGAAUAAAUGAUAUUGAGAGAGGACUAAAAAUACCUUGUUCAGUGCCCUGUCCAGGUGACUGUCACCUGACUGAAUGGUCACUAUGGAGUUCGUGCCAGCUUAUCUGUUUGGAUGGGAAGAGAUUUGAAACAACCGGUCACCAAACACGUUCCAGGGCUGUGAUUGUUCAGGCACUGGAAAAUCAGGAUAAUUGUCCUGAACAAAUAUGGGAAGGGCGGCCUUGUACAGGGGGAACUUGUCAUGAAUAUGGGUGGCAAUCAGGUCCCUGGACUGGCAAUGAGCGCAGUGUGUGGUGUGUCCGAUCAGAUGGUGUAAAUGUGACAGGAGGUUGUUCUCUUCUGAACCAGCCAACUGCCACCAGACACUGCAAUCCAUCCUGCUCUAAACCAUACUCCUUCUGUACACAGGGAGGUGUGUGUGGCUGUGAAAAAGGUUUCGUGGAAGUAAUGACUCCUUAUGGAUUUCUUGAUUACUGUGCUAAAAUCCCCUUGCCUGAGGAGAAGAAAGCUGAUGUUAAAAUCAACGUGGGAAAGAACAAACUGAGCAAUUCAAAAUUUCAGGCUUUUUUUAAAGGAUGGUCCAUUGAUCCUUUUGAUCCAGAUGGUAAGCCAAAGGUCUGGGUUUAUGGAAUAUCUGCCGCUGUAGGUGUCCUCAUUAUCUUCAUUGCUGUCCUGUCAUAUCUCAUCUGUAAAAAACCAAAACACCAAACUCGCCCAGCUCCCCAACAGAAGCCCCUGACUUUAGCCUAUGAUGGAGACAUGGACAUGUAACGGCUUCAGGAGAAGGGACUUCACCUUUGUCCAGUUGAUAUGAAUAGGAUGACAGAAGCCUUAACCUUGUGACAGCACGAACACAAGUGAAAAAGACAAACCUCAAGACUGAUUUUGAGAAAUGUCUUACAGUCCAAGAGAAGGGGAGAAAUACUCUCAGAAACUAUAACUGUGUUUUUAUAUUGAAAUGUGAAAGUCAGAAAGCCAAACCCAAGUGAAAAUGAUUAUAGAAUUGUAUUCAUUCCUUAAAGUGUUUAGUUUAUGAACUGAAUUUCAAGACUGGCUAGAAAGCAUUCCUUGUUCAAUUUUCAUAUUAACAACCGAAGGAAUAAAUUGUAUAGAAUUUCCAGUACAAAUUUACGAUGACAAUCCAAAUGAAACAAUAUUACAUUUACAGUCUGCUAUCUGUAAAUGCAUUCCUGAGGAUAUCACAUUGCUCUAAAUGAAAAGAGACUUUUGAACAUACUGUGGAACUGCACUAUAUUAGUGUAACAUGAUUUCUUGAAUUUAUUGAACAAACAAAAAUCUAUUAUGUACAGUGUAUGUGUCAAGGAUUUCAAUUUCACACAAAGUUUGUUCAUUUCAAGUAACUUACUCUGAAAGAGAAAAGUACUAGGCUGUAUCAGAAAUGAGAUGCAAAAAAAAAGUUAGGUCGAGGAGCCUUAAAGAUUAUUUUGUAAUGAAUGUCUUUUCUGCUACGAGAAAAGACCCAAUAUUUAAUUAGAAAUUGAAGUGCUCCUGAGAGAAUAACAAGAAUCCUCAGUAGGAGAAGCUGUUUUUUUCUCCCCCAAUUACAAUGAUAGAUGGUUGACAUACUUCUGGCUUUGGUUCCAUUUCCAAGUCUUGUGAUCCUUAAGAUGUGAUCAGCCAAGUGUAAAUAUUAUGUGUUGGCUCUAGACCGAAUGGGAGAGCUCACAGAAUGAUUCAUUAUUUUUUCCACUGAUUUUCUAUUAAAUAAACCAUUGUUUACCAUUCACAUUGUACAUCUGAAGUGGAAUGAGCCAGUAAGUAAUGAUGUUCAUUUUAAUCUGGAAGUUUUAUGACAAACUGAAAUAACUUUGUGCAGAAGGUUGGUAUCUUCAUGCUUCAUUGCAGUUGGAGCACAAAACUGGUCACUUUAAAUUUGGUUUGAUGAGUUUGAACAGCUGCCUGGAAAACAAUUAUUUCAUUAUUACUGACGUUGUACCAUUCAUACACCAGAUAUUAACGAAGCUUUUCCUAAUCUUCAUUUGUGAGCCUCAAGAGAACAGUCUUAACAGCUGGUAAACCGUGUUGUGUUAUUUUGGAAUGUAUUCAUCGCUCCGAUUGGGAACAGAUUCAGUGUAUUUUCUUGAAAAUAAACCAGAGAGCAGGUGGU